AUGCCCAUCAACACCCGCUUCACGCUGCCGAAGGCGGCGAAUGCGCUUAUUUUGCCAGAGACCCCCACUGCGGCGUUUUUUAUCACGUUCACCACUUCCGACCACCCGGACACUGGGGAGUCAUGGUGCCCUGACGUGAGAGCCGCUUUACCGCAUAUCAAAGCUGCCUUCUCAGCGGACAGUGCACCUGAGAUGGCUUUCGUCGAGGUUGGCCAGAGGCCGGAGUGGAAGAUUCCUACAAAUGUUUUUCGAACCCAGUGGAACGUGCACAAUGUGCCAACUAUUGUGCGGUAUCAGCGCCUGGAUGGUGAAGUUAGAGAGACAGGGCGCCUAGUCGAAGCCGAGAUUCUAGAUGAGAAACGUCUCAAAGAACUCAUCAACGAGUACUAA